CCAGAGGCGAGGAGGAGGAGGAGGAGGGUAUUUGUCAAAGACAGGAGGAGAGAGCGACGCCAGCCAGCAUAUGUGCAAGCAUCACUUCUCUGCAUGUUCGACACUCUGAGCAGCUUGGUGAUGCCCGAGGGAUCCUCUACUGCGUGGAUGCGGCGCCGCCUCUGAUACGAUGCUGCGAGCAGGGGGUGCAGCCGCUUCUCUUGCGCUGCUGCUGCUGCACUGCUGCCACCUGUGCCACUCACUGCGUGUUCCCAAACUUUCCUCCUAUGCAAAAGCCGAAGACAAGCUUUUCAAAUACCUCUUUGGGAACUACCAGAAAUGGGUUCGCCCAGUGGAAUCUCUGAACCAGACGAUAUGCGUCAAGUUUGGGCUUGCUAUCUCGCAGCUCGUUGAUGUGGAUGAAAAGAACCAGCUGAUGACUACUAAUGUGUGGAUGAAACAGGAGUGGGUUGACAUGAAGCUAAGAUGGGACCCUGAUGACUAUGUGGGCAUCACAGCUAUACGAGUGCCCUCUGACAGGAUCUGGCUCCCUGACGUUGUGCUGUACGAUAAUUCAGAUGGUCGUUUUGAGGGCACCGUCACCAAAGCAGUGGUCAAAUACAACGGAACCAUAACAUGGACGCCCCCUGCUAAUUAUAAGUCCGCGUGCACCAUUGACGUCACCUUCUUCCCGUUUGACCUCCAGAACUGUUCCAUGAAAUUCGGCUCAUGGACCUACGAUGGUUCCCAGGUGGACAUCAUUCUGGAGGACUUCCAUGUGGACAGGCAGGAUUAUUUUGAUAAUGGCGAAUGGGAGAUUGUAAAGGCGACAGGCAGCCGUGGAAUAAGGAUGGAUGGCAGCGCUUCAUAUCCCACUAUUACCUACUUCUUCAUCAUCCGCAGGCUGCCUCUCUUCUACACUCUCUUCCUCAUCAUCCCCUGCAUUGGCCUGUCCUUCCUCACAAUUCUUGUCUUUUAUCUGCCCUCCAACGGCGGCGAGAAGAUCUCUCUCUGCACCUCUGUGCUGGUCUCGCUCACCGUCUUCCUGCUGGUCAUUGAGGAAAUCAUCCCCUCCUCAUCCAAGGCCAUUCCGCUCAUCGGGGAGUACCUGGUCUUCACCAUGAUCUUCGUUACGCUCUCCAUUGUCAUCACCGUGUUUGCCAUCAACGUCCACCAUCGCUCGUCGUCCACUCAUCACGGCAUGGCGCCCUGGGUCAGGAGGAUUUUCCUACACAGGCUGCCCAAGCUGCUGUGGAUGCGCAGCCACGUGGACCGCUACGGCACAGUGGGAGCAACGCGGACGGGAAGAGCGCUGGGAAUGGGAAUGAUGAAAGACUCUGCAGCUGACAUGAGCUCGGUGUCUCACACCAGGCAUAACAUCCAAGCUGCACUGGAGUCUAUUCGCUACAUAACAAUGCAUGUGGUGAAAGAAAAUGAGGUCAGGGAGGUGGUGCAGGACUGGAAGUUUGUUGCCCAAGUUCUGGAUCGAAUGUUUCUUUGGGCCUUCUUACUGGUGUCCAUCUUGGGAUCAGCUCUCCUAUUCAUCCCGGUUAUCUACAAAUGGGCUAGCAUCAUCGUCCCGAACCAUUUCGGAGGUACCCUUUAAGGUUACCUGAUCUCUCAUAAACAAUGAAUGAGCACCAUAAACCAAACAAUUGCAGUAGAAACGGACAAAGGCAUUGCACGCCAGUACAAAAAUCCCGAGUGCAGCCCAUAAUUACAAGUAAAACAUAAUAACAUAAGCAUGUUUUGAUGCAUACUGUGUCUUACAAAAAAAGGUUGUGGUGAGGUUUCACAUUUCCAUUCAUCGCUAAGAUUACCCGCAACUUGGAAGGCGAGGGACUUUGGCCUGCAAGUCGUUGUAGUCCAAACAAGUUACACAACACCGACACCGAGCCUGACCUUUAAUCCGUAAGAUUUAACCGAUCAGUUUAUGAAUGAAUUAUGCACCUUUCUUUUACAGCUGAGUCACACAGCGCUGCAUGCUAGAAUAGAAUAUACAAAAGUUAUGAAAACAACACUACAAAAAUGAAAGGAAAGUGAAAGGAAUGAAGAUGAAGAAUUGAAUCGGAGUGAAAAACAAGAUCGGACAAAAAUGAACAAAAAAAAGAAAAAGACCAUGGCAUGGAAAUGAUUGGCUUGUAAACGUGUUGGAACCGUGCAAGGGCUGACAGUAAACAUCAAUAAAUCAGGAAGUCAAAGAGAAAGAGGGAAAUUACUUCAAAAUAAAACAAAACACCAAUGAUCCACACACUAUGAAAACUUGAAAAAUUAUCCCACAAAGUGAAAACAGAUUGGAAUCAGGAAUGGAAUCAGGAAACUGAAGAAUUCUGAAUUCUAAACCAGGCACUUUGGGGUAAAAAAAAAAAAAAAAAGGUUUCAUACUCCACGCUGUUCUGCAUUCUACAAAAGGAAGAACAAGAGCUUAGUGACGUGGUUCACACACAGGGUUAUGUAAGCUUUGCUGUGGAGUACGCUGUAUUUCCACCCAGCACCCGUGGAAUAGGACACUGUGUCUGAUCAGCUGACUUAACCAUAACAAGGUAUGUUUCUCGGAAAUAAAACUGACAGAACAUGUCAAGUAUUUGACUGAUUUGGUUGAAUUUUUUUUUUUUUUUUUUUUACUUGCGUCUUUAG